GUCCGUUCUCGUGGCCCAAUCGAAUUAAAAAACUUAAAAAGCCCAACCCGCUUCUUUUAAACCCCGUCCAAUUCAAUUAUGAAUUAUACAAAGCAACCCACUCUAUCCGCGCCAGUCGGCAUUUCCUUUUUGUUUCUUUGAAGCCGAUCUUUGCGACUCCGUGGCGUGAUUCAUCUUCUCUUCUUCUUCUUCUUCACUUCUCCAAUCAAUUCCCCGUAGUAAUCACUCAUUCACUCUACACCUCUGGAAUUCUUGAUACUGUGAGCCGAUCGCCGCGCCGCCGCCGCCGCCGCCGUUUUCUCCUUGUUCUAUAGCGGCCUCCACAGAAUUCCCACCCAAAAAGAAAACAGGGGGAACCACCGAACCGGACGGCUAUUCCAAUGGAGGACGCCGACGUCGUCGAGAUUUCCCCGCUCUCCCUCCCGCCUUCCCACUUCACCAGGAAGAGAAAACAGAAACAGGCUGUACUCCCUGAAAUCAUUGAUGUAGACGAGCACGAUUUUCUCAGUGAUGUGGUGAUCCUGAAUGAGAAUGUUCGCAGAAAGGACAAAGGCAAAGCUAUCAAGGAUCAGAAGGCUGUCAAUCUUAUGAAAUGCGAGGAUGUAAUCACCCUAGAUACAAGCCUGUGGAAUAGUCAUGGAAAGGAAGACACAUUUUUUAAUCCCAACGAUGUCACGUUGUUCGAUGAUCUUGUAACUCCACAAUCACAUAACUACAAUGCAAGUCUCGACACUGGAGUUGAGGUGCCUGUUUCAUCACUAAUGGGUCAUGUCUCCAAUACGGGAACACUACCUAAUGGAGGUGGUGUUUUUUCCACAUCAUAUGAAAGUCAACUGAAUACCAUGAAUUCUCAGUGGUCAAAUUUUAGCCAAGUUGGCAAUAAAUUCCUCCAACCUAGCCAGGUCAACAAACAGACUUUUCCAAUGAGUAGUGCAGGCCUUGAGAAGCAGGUCGUCUCUGAAAAUGUUUCUUCUAUGAUGUAUGUACCUCCUCAUUUGUGGAAGUCUGCACUAACUACCCCUAAUAAGAAGACAUGGACUCCUCAGCAUGGAGGGAUCACCCUAAACGAUUCAUAUUUUCAAGUUCCUGAUGGUAUAUGGCAUGGACACAUUCCUCCGAUAAGACAAGAUCCAUUGUCUUGGAGCCAUACUUCAACUGCAAGCAAAACAGCUGGUAGUAAGGGAUCCGUGAUUCCAAGUUCUGCACAAGAGCAACCUGGAGCUCCAAAUGCUAUGAUUGAUGAAAUUUUAAGCAAAUUGAAGCUCUUCAAACAUUUUGAUAUCGUUGAAGACUAUUCAGACCAUCACUACAAGUCUUCUUCAUCGAAACAGACGGAGAAGAAGCGGGUCAAACGAAUUCAAGACGAAUGGAAAAUUCUGGAGAAAGAUUUGCCAGAUACCAUAUAUGUGAGGGCCUACGAGUCAAGGAUGGACCUAUUGAGGGCUGUAAUUAUUGGUGCAGACGGAACUCCUUACCAUGAUGGUCUGUUUUUCUUUGAUAUCUUCUUCCCUAAUGGCUAUCCAAGUGUUCCGCCGAAAGUCCACUACCAUUCCGGUGGUCUUCGAUUAAACCCAAACUUGUAUGCCUGUGGAAAGGUUUGCCUCAGCCUUCUUGGAACAUGGACUGGUAGCAAGAAAGAGAACUGGCAGCCUAGGCUUUCAAAUGUGAUGCAGGUUCUGCUUUCUAUACAAGCAUUAAUAUUGAAUCAAAACCCCUACUUUAAUGAACCUGGUUAUGAAAUGUCAAAGGGCAGCGCUCAAGGUGAAAUCCAGUCCCUACUGUACAAUGAGAAUACGUUGCUUUUGUCACUCAAGACAAUGGUUUAUUCAAUGAGGAAGCCGCCCAAACAUUUCGAGGAUUUAGUGAAGGGCCAUUUCCACAGCCGGGCCAAGGACAUCAUGGUGGCAUGCAAAGCAUACAUGUCUGGUGCUCAAGUCGGUUGUCUGGUGAAGGGUGGAAUCCAGGAUCUCGAAGAAGGAGACAAGAGCUGUUCGCAGACGUUUAAGAACUCCUUACCUGCACAUGUGGACACGCUCGAGAAAGCGGUGGACACCAAUUACAACCAUGUUAGAUUGAAUCUGACCAAAUUGAAGUCGCCGGUUAAUUCCUUGCUGGGGCUCGAUACAUUUCUCUGUCGCUCGUUCCCCUCGCCGGCUUUCAUCAUCACUCUAAUCUCAGGAUUGUGUAUCAAGAACAACGAUUCCAUUAGAUCGUUUCUCCGUUCUGCGUCCAAUGAUGCACAGCUUCCUCAGGAGCUAAAAGAUGUUGCAUCCAGGUUGUUGUCUCAAGACAAUUUGCUCUAUGUGUCUCUCCGAAGUAUAUGGACCGGAUUUCAGCCUUCUAGCCGUCCAGAGUUAAUGGUUCUCUUAUCAGGAUCUGAAUUCGUCUUCCCCAGCCCUAAACCUAGAGAAAAGGGUGAAGAACUAAAGGCAAGGUUGAGAAAACUUGAGGAACUGGCUGAGAGAAAGGCCUACCAGGAGCUAGUGAAAGAUAUCACACCAAGCAAGGAGACUACUGAACCCUUCUCUUCUUACAAGGAUCAGCUCGGCUUUGGUCUGCAUGUUGGCCUCACCAUGUUCACUGGAUAUUUAGUUGGGUUUGCAGCAUUCAGAGCAUUGUUCGGCCACAGUCCUGCCAUGAGUGCUGCUGGUGGAAUUCUGGGAUUGGUGGGCGCAAUGCUAGUGGAAACGCUUCUUUUCAUUAUCAGAACAUCUGAUCAGCCUCCCAAAGCAAACCGAUCCAAGCUAAAGAAGCCAUAGACUGUUGCAGGCAGAAUACGAGUUGCCGUAGAACAUUCAACAGAUAAGGUUCAGAUUUUACUCGCGGCGGUCCAACAAUGUCGAGUCUACACUUACUCUCUUCAUUCAACAUACUAGCGUGAUGCCAACAUGUUUGUUUUUCUAUAUGUACACACUAGUAACUGGACAUUUGUGGAAGUAGAUCUCCACUAUAUCACAAAUUAGUCAUAUCUUUUGUUCAAAUCAGGAUUGGGGAAUUUGUUAGAUUAGAUUGGUG